CUUUUUUACUUUUUUACUUUUUUUUUUUGAACAGUUUCGGAUUUUGGAUUUUGCUGUUCGUUCUCGCGUUUGUUCAUAUCAAAAACCUACCCUAUUCAAAAAAACCAUGUCCCACUCCAAGCCGCUUGAAUCAAGCCAAGGCCCGCUCGCCUACCUGCAGUCGAACGCAGGCUUUGUUGCCAGCACGGUGGUCGCGCUCGGCGUCGCUGCUGCGAUUGUGACGCGCGAUGCCGCCAGCAAGAACGCCGCGACGGUUUCUGCCGCCAUCCAGAACUCGACCGCUGCUCCCCAGGGCUUCCUGAUGACCCAGAUUGACGCCCUCAGCAAGCUCGUCGACUCCCACUUGGACGUGACCCCGCUCACCUUCAAGCUGGCCAUUGCCGUUCUUGUGCUUGGCGCCAUCCUUCUGCUCGACCAGAUCAACUACCGUCGCCGCAAGCAGUCGCUGCCCGGCCCCAAGUGGGUCCCGCCGCUGAUUGGCUUCUUCUACGACUCGGUCAACCCCAAGUUUGAGGGCUACAUGGCGCAGUGGAACCUUGGCCGCAUCUCGUUCACGUCCGUCUUCCAGCACUUUAUCAUGAUUGGCUCGGACAAUGACAUUUCGCGCUACUUUUUCAACACACCCGGCUCGUUCGUGCCCUGCCUCGUCGCCUCGAUGAAGACCAUCAUCUGCCCCGACAACUUUGUCUUCCUUGGCGGCAAGGCGCACGUCGAGUACCGCAAGUCGCUCAACCCGCUCUUCACCCCCGCCGCACUCACCUCGUACCUGCCUCUCCAGUUCGAGUCGUACCAGAAGCACGUCGACAUGUGGCUUGAGAACAAGGGCAAGUCUCUGCAGUACCAAAUACCGAUUCGCGAGCUCAACAUGGACACGUCCCUCAACGUCUUUUGCGGCAAGUACAUGCCCGACGACGUCCGCAUGAAGAUCUCUGAGCGCUACUAUGACAUUACUGCUGCUCUCCAGCUCGUCAACUUCCCCUUCGCCUUCCCCGGCACCAACGUCUACCGCGCCGUCCAAGCCCGCAAGUACAUUGUCUCUGAAAUCCAAAAGUGCGUCGUCCUUGCGCGCGCCUCCAUGGCCAAGGGCAACCCUUCCACCUGCCUGCUCGACACCUGGCUCCAGACCCAACUUGCCGCCAAGGCCAAGGCCGACGCGGCUGAAGACGACGAGAACUUUGUCCCGCCGCGCCAGUUCUCGGACGCCGAGAUGGCGCUGGUCGUGCUGACCUUCAUCUUUGCCUCGCAAGACGCCUCGACCGCCUCCGUCACCUGGAUGCUCCAGUGCCUCGCAGACAACCCCGACGUCCUGGCCAAGGUUCGCGAGGAGAACGCCCGCGUCCGCCCCAACAACGAGCCCGUCAGCGGCGACAACGUCAAGGACCUCGUCUACACCCGCCAGGUCGCCAAGGAGGUUCUCCGCUACCGCCCGCCCGUCAUCAUGGUGCCCUACGCUGCUUCCAAGGACGUUGUCCUCGAGGACGGCACCAAGAUUGCCAACGGCACCAUUGUCAUUCCCUCCAUCUACCCGUCGCUGCACGACCCCAAGGUCUACGCCAACCCCGACAAGUUUGACCCCGACCGCUUUGGCCCCGAGCGCCAGGAGGACAUCAAGUCGCCCCGUAACUGGCUCGUUUUCGGCCACGGCACCCAUCUUUGCCUCGGCCGCGAGUACGCCGUCUCGCACCUGCUGGCAUUCAUGGCCUACAUUUCCAUGCGCUGCGACUGGAAGCACAACCGCACCGCCGAGAGUGACGACAUUACUGUCUUUGCCACCAUCUAUCCCAAGGACCAGCUCCACCUUGAGGUGACCGAGCGAACUGCCUAAAUGUCCUUUGAAAUUGUUGUGGAAAGCGGUAUUGUAUUGGUUAAAUUUGUUUUUUUGUUCGGCGUGAGUUUGUUAUUUGUCGUCGUUCCUCGAUUUGUAUUUUUUUCUUCUUCUUCCAUCCCUGCUCCCCCCAACCAAAUUGCGUUGGAUGUGGGGAUGUUUUUCAUUAAACCCUACAGUAUGAAACC